AUGCAGCAUUGCCUCGAAUCAUUGGAGGCGAGCCGGAUAAACCCUUUUCCAUCAGAGCACCUUGGCUUAUGGUGUAACGCCACCUGGGACACAGUUCUUUGCUGGCCACCAACCCCCGCCAACACUUCCGUCACAUUACAAUGCCCACCCUUAAAAGGUCUCGACGCCAAAAAAAACAUCACGAAAGAAUGCCACCAUUCUGGCCGAUGGAUGGGCAGAACUGAAGAUGACAUCCGGGACUCGGGAUGGACAAACUUCUCAAUGUGCUACACCGAAGAAGUCAUCAACAUCAUGACCAACAACAACAACGAAUCCAUCACCAUUGCGCAAGAUGUUGCGAAGAAUGCGCGGAAGUUGGAAUUUGUCGGGCUUGGCCUCUCGUUGGUAUCAUUGGCUGUGUCGAUAUCAAUUUUUCUGUAUUUUAGGAGAUUACGAGUAUUCCGAAAUAUGCUCCAUCUACAUCUAAUGGUUGCCUUGCUCAUGGUUGUCAUCAUUCGAUUGGUGCUCUACGUGGAUUUACUGUUCACAGACAGCAUAAACCCACAGCAAAACCCGUCAGAAGGCCGGACAAUCAACACGAUGGCAUUUGUCUGUGAAGCAAUGUAUUUCUUAUUAGAAUACUUCAAGACGGUGGCCUUUGAGUGGAUGUUCUUGCAGGGCUUCUACCUCCACAACCAGCUUGUGCUGACCGUAUUCUCCGCAGAACCACAGCUAAAACCAUACUUUUUGGCGGGUUAUGGAAUUCCCCUUUUCCAUACGGCCGCCUGGUUGAUAGCUGUACUUUAUAAAAAGGACUUUAAGGUUGAGCGAUGCCUGGGUUCCUAUUAUUUAGAACCAGAGUUCUGGAUAUUGGAUGGUCCAAGAAUGUUGCAACUAGUGAUUAAUGGCGGCUUCAUCAUAAAUGUGCUGCGGGUUUUGUGGAGUAAAGUUCGCAGCGAGACGCAUAACUCCAGUGAAUUGGGCGUGCUACUAAAAUCUGGGAAAGCCGCCCUCAUGCUAAUUCCAUUACUCGGCAUCCCGUGCAUUAUGCAAACAAUACCAUUUUCCCCUACAAAAGAUAAUAUUAUGGUAUUUGCCAUCUGGACCUACUGUGCCUCAUUUACAUAUAUGUAUCAGGGGCUGAUGAUUUCAAUUUUGUAUUGCUUUACAAAUCGCGAGGUGAACACCGUAAUCAAGGCGUUCUAUUCACGAUUCCGACUGCAACAUACAAGCAAUGCCGAAUUGAGAAGAGGCUCCAGAUCGAUUCCUCCACAAUAUCAAGCCAAGAACGGGAAACGUAAAAGUACAUUGGGAACUACGGUAGAAGAAGAAACAAUGACCACCGCCGCAGUGGACUAUUAUCCCAGGGCCAGUCCGUUUAGUUCAAGAGCCCCGAUUCGGCUUGCUUUCUCUACUACGGAAGAGGAGCAUGCCCACAGUAACAACAAUACAAAUGGCUACGGACCAGGCGAAUGGACACCACUAAAAGUCGAUCCGCAACAUUACGCCGGACCGUCAGCAACAACAACA